AUGCAGAAACAAGAUGUUUAUUGGCAUGAUAAUGGCCGUAUUGGUAGUUUGCUUGGAGUGCGAAUUUGUGCUGAUGAAUGUACUACUAGACAACUUAGAGUGUCUUUUGCUAGGGUCCUAAUUGAAAUUGAUGUUACAAAGCCUAUGCCUAACUCUGUUUUGGUUGAGAGUCCUUCAAAGGAACUAUUGGAGCUCAAGGUAGUGUAUGAGUGGACUCCACGUUUCUGUUCUAAGUGCAACAAGGUUGGUCAUGAUUGCUCUACUAAACCUGUUCCUGCUAAGCCUAAGCAGGUUCAUAAGCAACCAGCUCUUGUUGCUCCUAAGCAAAAGCAGGCCUGGGUUCCUAAGCCUAGCCAAGCUGCUGCUCCUGUUGUUGAUGUUGGUGCUUCUGUUCAUGGGCAAUCUGUCAUUACUCCACAGGUUCAUAUUUCUCAAAAUUCAGAUGAGGGGUGGAGAAUAGUUGGAAGGAAGACAAAAAGCCAGCAAACAAGAGUUCAUACUCCUGCCUCUACCUCUAAUGCUUUUAUGGCUUUAUUUGCAAAUGAAAUGGAUGGUGCAGUUGAUGUUAUUGGUCUUCUUGAAACAAAAAUCAAAUUAAAAAAUGUUCUCACUUAUCAGAGAAAGUUUGGCUCUUCUUGGCUUUGGAUGUGCAAUUAUGAUCAUUCUCCCAAAGGUAGAAUUUCGCUUGGUUGGAAUGCAGAUAGAGUAACUUUUAAUGUCUUGAAGAUUCAGGAACAUUUCAUUCAUUGUAGUGUCUCUUCUAAGGAUCUUUCUACUCAAAUUCAUCUCAUUGUUGUUUAUAGGCGUCACUCCAUUCAUGAAAGGCUUCCUACGUGGGAAGGAAUUCGGAGCAUCUCUAUUCAGCAUUCUCCUUGGUUUUGUGCUAGUGACUUUAACUUUGUUCUUCAUACUUUAGGUAGGCUUCAUGGUAUUGAUGUUACUAAUUAUGAGACUAGAGAUUUUCAGAGUUUGGUUGAUUAUUUGGACCUCACUGAGGAGCUUAAUUCUGUGAAGUCUAGUAUCAAGUCUCUUAAUAGCAAGCAGUUUGGCAACAUUAAGGAAAAGAUUGAUCAAGCUAAUGUUGAGCUUGCUGGAAUUCAGAACUUAAUGGCUCAGAAUCCUGAUGAUUUGGAUCUGUAUGCUAAAGAAUCUGAUGCUAUUAAGACAAGAAGAAAUAGAAUUGACUCCAUCUUUGACUCUAACCAGGUUCUGCUUAAGGAUCCGGAUGUUAUUUCUCAUGAAAUUAUCUCCUUCUAUAAGUCUCUAUUAGGGACUCAUGCUCCUUGGCUUCCUGCAGUUGACCUUGUUACUAUGAGGAGGGGUAAAUAUCUUAGCUCUGUUGCUUAG